CAUCCACCAGGGUGCUUGUUGGUCGUGUUCUGUCUUUAGUACACCAACAGACAGCAGUGUGAGACAACUGUAUUGUUGCAGGCAAGAGCCAGACCACCACUGAGACAGGUUGCAGCACCACGCCUGUGAUUACCAACAUACGCUCACUGGCACCAGUGCCGGUUGUCCCCACUUCCAUGCAGGCAGCCUCUGAGAUUAGCAAUUCUUCAGCCAGUGCUGUGCGGACACCACCCACCCUUACAGCCAUGCCAAAGGUGGUGAGUGCUUCAGUGCUUACGCCUUCAAACAGUGCUGCAGAUGCUUCGCCCAAAGUCGUGACGCGAGCACCAAGCAUUGCUGUUUCAACCACUGCAAGCUCUGUGACUUUGCCUAUGCCUGUUGUCACGACAACCAACACCCUGGCCUUGACUGUUCCCUCAACCAAGGAUGCAACCACUGUGGCAGCUGGGCAAUCUGAGCGGGAGGUGAUAAUCCAGCUGCCCUUUCCCAAGCUGCUUCGCAAUAAGUCGGUGCUGUGUCGACCCCAGAUGGUCACCAAAGCUGCAUUCUGUCGCCCUGUACCUUGCCACAAGGAAAUACAGACCGACGUGCAAACCGAGACUGGUUCAGAGGGUGGUCCAGCACGGCUCAUACCUGUUCCUGUGCCAAUCUAUGUGCCAGCUCCCAUGCACAUGUUCUCCUACGCUGUACCGUCGCCACUGCCCAUUCCCAUUCCAGUGCCUGUGCCUAUUUUCCUGCCUACAACAAAAGACACCACAGAACAGAUCAUGGAGACUCUCAAAGAAUUCAGGGAACAGAUGAAAAAUGACAAAUUCGAUGAAGUCUUGCUUGCCAUUGCCCGCUCCAUGGCAGAAUCGUCAACGAAGCCACCUUCGGAAAGCAAAGGUAAAUAA